AUGCACGCAAACCGAUCCGAGUGGGAAAAUCUUAAAAGGUUAAAAAGUCAGGAAAACCAAGAUCCAACAGUCAUUGUGGAACAAGAAGGCGUUAUAACAAAAUUAGAAGAAAGGAUUGAUGAAGCUUCAUUUACUGUUCAGCAUUUCUUUCGAGAGAUAGGACAUAUAUAUGAGGCUAUUCUAGAACUGAAUUUGAAAUCCCCAAGUCUUGGAAUGCCGCCAUUAGAUCAAAUUACAAAAAUUAUGGGCCGUCUUGUUGCUGACGGACACCAGUUGGAACUGAUUGACGGAGAGAGCUUUUAUAUGCCUUACAGGUGGACAAAGAUAGUAUUACAACAAGUAGAUAGGUGUAUUGACUCUGCAAAGGUAAUGACUCUUAGUGUCCUUGGCCUUCAAAGUUCUGGAAAAUCAACUCUACUUAACACAAUGUUUGGAUCCCAGUUCUCUACAAGAACCGGUAGGUGUACAAGGGGCGUGCAUGUUCAACUUAUUCCCGCUAACACAUCAAGCUUUAAAGAAAUAAUAUCACCAUUUAGUUACGUUCUUGUUGCAGACACAGAAGGUCUUCGAUCCCCGGAGUUAAGCCAUGUACAACACGAGCAUGAUAACGAGUUAGCCACUGUUAUAACUGGUAUAGGUGAUAUAACGAUGUUAAAUAUAAUGGGAGAAAACACAAGUGAGAUACGAGAUAUUUUGCAAGUCAUUGUCCAUGCUUUUAUGCGACUCAAACUGACCAAUCGAGACCUAGAUAUACGAAAAAGCUGUGCAUUCAUCCAUCAGAACGUAACUGAUUCAUCUGCGGCUGAAAACAUGAUAAGCGGAUUGAGCAAGUUAAUGCAGACACUGGACGAAAUGACAAAAGAGUCGGCGAGAAGUGAAGGUAUUCUAGAAAUCACUACAUUUAAUCAAGUUAUUGAAUUUGAUAUCAAUUCGCAAGUCUGGUACCUGAAAAAUCUUUGGCUAGGAAAUCCACCUAUGGCAAAGGUUAAUAACGAGUACAGUGAACGUGUGGUAGAUAUAAAAUGCAAAAUCAUACAGAAAGCUUUGCAAAUGAGCGGAAAGUCCUAUAAGUCUCUGACCGACAUCUUGGAGCAAACGUAUAACUUGUGGAAAGGUGUUUUAAACGAAGAUUUUGUAUUUUCUUUUAGAAAUAGUGUAGAGAUUAGAGCUUACAUGGAAAUGGAAGGAGUUGUCCAGGACCAACUAUGGCACAUUGAAAGUUUUAUUCGUGAAAAAUUGCUUAAUAUUUCGCAGAAUACAUUUGCUGGCUGCGACCAAAAAUAUAAUUUACGAAGUGUUGCAGAGAAACUCAUCACUGACUUAAACCGUGUGCUUGCUGAUGAAAAGUGCAAGGCUGAGGCCAUCAUUAAGACAUACUUUGAUAAAAACAAAUACAAAGACAUAAUAAUUCAGUGGAAAAGCGGUCAGCAGAGUCGAAUUGAUAUUCUUUGUUUAAAAUUAGAACAAAGUAUUAGAGAACAAAUAGGAAAAAGACUAGAAAAGAGAUCGGUAGAAAUUCUCACUGUUGCGAGUCGUGAAAGACAUGAAGAAGAACUCAGGAAAAGGUCUAUGAAAGUUGCAAAUCUAUUCAAAGGUAAGACGUUAACCAGAAACGAAAUUUCUGAGCUUUUUGUCGAAGUUUGGCAGACAUUUCUUGAUAAGAUAGAUACUACUUCAUAUACUGCGGAGAAAAACAGGAAAGCAAUGAUAACUGUCUUUGAAAACUGUCUCGAGAAUAUUUUCAAACAACAUCACCUAUUGUUAAAAGAAGCAUUAGAAUGGAGUUCAUAUCUAAAGCCACUACCAGAUUUGAAGAGACUGGAAGGAUCAUUUAAGUUUACUGAAAUAAACGAAAAGGACAUAAGUUACACACUCACACUCAAACAAAAAAUUUUUCAAAAAGGAAAGGAGAUGUUUGGGGGCAAGAACACUAUGAGCAAUGUCAGUGAAAGUGUAAAUCAAAUAUUUGCGACCACUGACGACAAAAUAAAACAGCUUUGUCAGGUUAAUGAUGAAAUCACGGAAAUGAGUGUCAAUAAUUUAAUGCACGAGCUAGAUGAAAGCUUGCAUGCUAUUGUGAGAGGAAAGCCUGAUUACGACUUUAAGACUCCUUUUUAUGUAAAGCUCCAUGUACAUGUCAGCAGAUAUGCCCAUCCUGUUUUUGAAAAGCACAAUGAUAUAUAUUUUAGAACACAGGGAAUUGUUGCUCGUCUUGAACAAUACAGACAACAGCAAGAAAUCAGUUUCGAAGCACAUUUAAGUAAUCGCCAGUCAGAAGACAUAGUAGCUAAACUUUUUAGUCACGUGAUUGAGGGAUUUGCUGACGACUGGACAUCGCAAAACCUACCAAAUAAAGUAACUGAUGAACUUCACAGUAAACUCCCGUCGGUAAAAAAUAGGGCUAUAAUUGAAAUUUGUUCAGAUAUUUUGGACAAAGAUAGUUUCAACCAUUUUAUAAGAUAUAUACGAGCACCUAAGGAUUACGUUAGCGUCUGGAUAGCUGCAAAGGCAAAUGAUCACCUUUUUUCUAAGGAUUCACGCGUAUACUCGCGUCUAGCAAACUCCUUACUUCAAAGCGUUUUCAACAGUGUUAAAACAUGCUUGCACAAUACAAAGAAUAGUUACACUGGAAAACCACCUCCAUCAAUGGAAAAGUGGAUAAAUGAUUUCCAUGUAUCAUUGAAAAAAGCUAAUUUUACCAUUCCUUUGGAAAAUUUUCGGAAUGUCAAAAUGGAGGUGAAACAGAUAGAAAAUGUGGAAUACCUUACAAACGAAAUUUUAGCACAUAUGGUGGCCUCUCAAGAGAAAAUGCACGCCAAAUAUAGGAGUCACGACCGUAACUCUGUAAAGUGGUCAGACACAAAUCCAAUUGAAAGAAUAACUAAAAAGAUAUGGGGCUGCCCAGAACAGUGUGCUUUCUGUGGUGAGCCAUGUGCUAAGAAUGAAGAUCACGAUGGUUCGGACCAUUACAGUAUACAACAUAGACCUUCAUGUUGCAACGGCACGCGGGAUAAGACCACAGCUAUGGCAUCAUUACCAUCAUGCGAAUUUAACAUUCAAUCCACAUACACACAUAACUGCCCAGCCUUUAACUACGCAUGCAAUAAAGAUACAAGAAAAGAUUGUGCUGAACGUCAUCCUUUCCGAGACUACAAAAAGUUUUUACCUAAAUGGGGUAUUCCACCAUCGUCUAAUAUGCAUGAUACAUCAAAAUUCUGGAUGUGGUUUGUAGCGACUUAUAAACAAGAUUUGCAAAAGUAUUAUGAUUAUAAGGUUGAUAAUGUCCCAUCGUCAUGGAACGAAAUCACAAAAGAACAAGCCAGAGAAACACUUCACAAAACGUAUUCAGCCUCUAAAUGA